AGGCUGCCAUUUUUUUUUUUAUCUUUAACACUGCGCUCCCGGGUCGAGUCCACUGGACCCCAGCAAUAGCCUCGAAUACUCGAAUUCUCUACUACAGCUACACCGGCCACCCUGUCAUUUCGUCUUCCCAGACUCUUCCUUGGGUUUCAUUCGCCGGCCAUGGCCGAGGUGAUGAACAUGCCGGUCGAGUCGCUGGACGGCCGCAACGAAAGAAAGGAGAAAUCCACCGAGGACCUGCCACCGCCGCCACCACCGCCGCCGCCGCCGCAGCAGCAGAGACGACGGGACCGAGACUCGAGAGAGAGAAGAGACGACCGAGACCUCGACCGGCCCCCGAAUCGCCGAGCCGACUACUAUGACCGCAACCGGUCUCCGCCACCCCCGCCGAUAAGGGAGAGGGAGUACAAGCGGCGGAGCAGCCUGAGCCCUCCACCGCAGCCUUAUGGGGAUCGGAGGCACUCGCCACCCCGACGGUCGCCGCCGCCUCCGUAUAAGCGUUCGAGGAGGGAUGAUGGAGGGUAUGAGGGGAGGAGAAGGAGCCCUAGGGAAGGCUUUGGACCCGGCAAUAGAAGGUUGGGUUAUGAUUAUGCUAGCGGAUAUGAUCGUGAGAUGAGGGGCAGGCCUGGGUAUGCUGACGAAAGGCCUAAUGGCCGGUACAUGGGUCGAUCACCUGGUGGCUAUCAAGGUGGUCCUUCGAGUGCAGAUUGGGAUCCAAUCCGUGGUGGUUAUAGUGAUGCUUCCAAUGUAGUGAAUACUGAAAGGGAGGGCUUGAUGUCAUACAAGCAAUUCAUACAGGAGCUUGAAGACGAUGUAUUACCAGCUGAAGCUGAGCACAGAUAUCAAGAAUACAAGUCGGAGUAUAUUUCAACUCAAAAACGAGCUUUUUUUGAUGCUCAUAAAGAUGAGGAUUGGUUGAAGGACAAAUAUCACCCAACGAAUCUACUUACUGUAAUAGAAAGGAGGAAUGAAGUUGCAAGAAAGGCUGCAAAGGAUUUUUUGCUUGAUCUGAAAGGUGGAACAUUGGACUUAGGCCCUGGCGUCAAUGCUUCAUCGUCAAAUAAAUCAGGACAGACUAGUGAUCCAAAUUCUGAUGAUGAAGUAGACCUAGGUGGUAAAAGAAGAUGGCAUGGUAGGGGGUUAGCUAAAGAAACUGAUCUUUCAUCUGGUCCUAAGGCCCACUCAGUCAGUUCUGAACCCAGACGAAUCCAAGUUGACAUUGAACAAGCGCAGGCUCUUGUACGUAAACUUGAUAUUGAAAAAGGGAUCGAGGAAAAUAUUUUAUGUGGUUCUGAUAAUGACAUAGUGAAUAGAGAGAAAUCUCAUGGUGGCUCCACUGGUCCAGUAAUUAUUAUACGUUGUUUGACCUCUGUCAAGGGCCUGGAGGGCAUUGAGCUCCUAGAUACACUUAUAUCUUAUCUCUGGCGAAUCCAUAGCUUAGAUUAUUAUGGAAUGGUUGAGACAAGUGAAGCUAAGGGUUUCCGGCAUGUGAGAGUGGAGGGGAAGAGUUCUGACAUGACUAUUGAUGGGGCUGAGUGGGAAAAGAAACUUGACUCUCGUUGGCAAGAAAGGCUGAGGGGUCAAGACCCUUUGGAAGUAAUGACUGCUAAGGAAAAGAUAGACACUGCUGCUGUUGAAGUUUUAGAUCCUAAUGUUCGGAAGAUUAGGGAUGAAAAAUAUGGGUGGAAGUAUGGUUGUGGAGCCAAGGGUUGCACAAAGCUGUUUCAUGCUGCUGAGUUUGUGUACAAGCAUCUUAAACUGAAACACCCUGACCUUAUAAUGGAAGUGACUUCCAAAGUGCGUGAAGAGCUGUAUUUUCGAAAUUAUAUGAAUGAUGCAGAUGCACCUGGUGGAACACCUGUUAUGCAGCAAUCCACGAAGAAGGACAAGCCACUGAGACAUAGGCUAGGUUCAGAUAAUCGAUUGAAAGAUGAACGUGGCAACCAUAGAGAACGUGAUAAUCGAGCUAAUGGUAGUGAAAAAUAUGAUAGGUCCGAAAACCCACAGUCAAGUGACUUCCAAUCCAACAAUGAUGGAUCAGAUGGAGGAAAUCUUGAUGAACCAAUGUAUGAAACUUUUGGCGGACAGGGAAUGCGUGUUACUCCUUUUCCCUCUGAUAUCCCCCCUCCACCAGUAUUGAUGCCUGUUCCUGGUGCUGGUCCAUUAGGGCCUUUUGUUCCUGCUCCACCUGAAGUGGCAAUGCGAAUGUUGCGUGAGCAGGGUGGUCCUCCCCCUUUUGAAGGUGGUGGUAGAAAUGGGCGGCCUGGGCCGCAAUUAACUGGGCCAGGCCCUAUUCUUUCUUUUUCUCCGGCUUUUAGGCAAGAUCCACGACGUCUACGCAGUUAUCAAGACCUAGAUGCACCAGAGGAUGAGGUCACUGUGUUAGACUACAGGAGCUUGUAGGCAUCUAUGCUUGUAGGAUGAUAGAGCCAUGCAACAUCCAAAUUUCUCGAGGAAAAGCAACUUCUGAUCUGGUCCAAGGUUAACUGCUGUUAUUUCACAAUAAUCUGACUGGAGAAGCAACUCUGCCAUAAUGCAAUGAAAUCCAGUUGGAUGUGAAGUUGUUGCUUUCUGGUUGCUAUCUGCUUCACAGCUUCCCCAUGUGUGUUAGUGAUGUGAAACUGUGAUGUAUUCUUUCUCCCACUUGCUUUCUUUUGGUAAGAGAUUUCUCUAUACAUUUGGGGUGGGAAUAUUUGUGUAGUUAACAAAAAUUUCUCUGUAUAGUUUACUGGAUAAUAGAUUUGGAAAGGUUUUCCAUUUGUUUACCUUCUACUGUUUGUUUGGAUCAAGAUUAUGAGCAAGGGGUUGUGAAUUUUUAUUUUUUUUUUCCAAAAUGAACUAUGCUUGUGCAUAUUGUGUAUUGAAAAAUCUUCGUAUAUUAUAUGUGCUUCCAACAUUCAGCUUUUUCUUC